AUGAUUUGGUCCAACCUUGGAUUCGCCUUUGUAGCGGCACUCGCCGGUGUCUCUGCUUCACCUUUAGAAGCGCGCCGGAAUACGGCAGAGUUCAAGGAUGAGAUGAUUGCUUCUCACAACUUCUUCCGGUCUCAGCAUUCCGCUGAACCUUUGGUGUGGGACGAGGAGCUGGCCCAAAAGGCGCAAGCAUGGGCUGAUACUUGCAAAUUUCGCCACGCGAGCACCGGAGAGAAUCUAGCUUAUACAACUCGGUGUAGCCACUGUGGCUACUUCACGAACAUGUGGGGUAGCGAACGCCUGAAAUACGACUACAAUAACCCUGGAUUCUCUUCGGCAACUGGCCACUUUACACAAGUGGUGUGGAAGCAGUCGACCAACUUGGGAUGUGGCUGGAAACGCUGUCAUGGCGGUUCGGGCAAGGCAAAUGGUUACUAUGUUGUCUGCAGGUACACACCACCUGGCAAUUACCAAGGACGAUUCAAGAAGAAUGUAGGUCGCCAGAUAUCCGGCAAGUCGACUGAUAUUUACCAACCCGAGGCACCCACCGGUGGACAGACUGGUGCUAAAUAG